UUCUCCUGAGAGAGCCCCCGGCCCACCUAGGCGCCUCCCCACCCCCGCGCGAUAUUUCCCCUCAGACUGAGCCCACCAGGCCCAUGCCUUGUCUUCCUUUCUUUUAGGCCUGUCCAGCCUCAGUCCCUCCCCAAGUGUGACUUGGGGAAACCUGCUCGGAGUGGUGAGUUACAGGUCAAGCUAAAAUGUCCCCUGAAGUGGCCUUGAACCGAAUUUCUCCAUUGCUUUCUCCAUUUGUGUCCAGUGUGGUCAGAAAUGGAAAAGUAGGACUGGAUGCUACAAAUUGUUUGAGGAUAACUGACCUGAAGUCUGGGUGUACCUCCUUGACUCCUGGACCUAGCUGUGAUCGAUUUAAAUUACAUAUACCAUAUGCUGGGGAAACAUUAAAAUGGGAUAUUAUUUUCAAUGCUCACUACCCAGAAUUACCCCCUGAUUUUAUCUUUGGAGAAGACGCUGAGUUUCUACCAGAUCCCUCUGCUUUGCAGAAUCUUGCAUCCUGGGAUCCAUCUAAUCCUGAUUGCCUUCUGCUUGUGGUAAAGGAACUCGUGCAGCAGUAUCACCAGUUUCAAUGUGGCCGCCUCCGUGAGAGCUCUCGCCUCAUGUUUGAAUACCAGACAUUACUUGAGGAGCCACAGUAUGGAGAACACAUGGAAAUUUAUGCUGGGAAAAAAAAUAACUGGACUGGAGAGUUCUCAGCUCGCUUCCUUUUGAAGUUACCAGUGGAUUUCAGCAAUAUUCCCACAUAUCUUCUCAAGGUUGACAGCAUUCAAAGAAACAUACCUCUCCAGACAGUUACAAGUAAAGGACUCUUCACUUCAACAGCAGAGGAUGCAAAUGAAGAUCCUGGAGAAGACGUGGCUCUCCUUUCGGUCAGUUUUGAGGAUACAGAAGCUACUCAGGUGUUUCCCAAAUUAUACCUUUCACCCCGAAUUGAGCAUGCUCUUGGAGGUUCCUCAGCUCUUCACAUCCCAGCUUUUCCAGGAGGAGGAUGUCUAAUUGAUUAUGUUCCCCAAGUAUGUCAACUACUAACCAAUAAGGUACAAUAUGUCAUUCAAGGAUAUCAUAAAAGAAGAGAAUAUAUUGCUGCUUUCUUGAGUCACUUUGGAACAGGUGUAGUGGAGUAUGAUGCUGAAGGCUUCACAAAGCUCACCCUACUAUUGAUGUGGAAAGAUUUUUGUUUUCUUGUACACAUUGACCUUCCCUUGUAUUUUCCUCGAGACCAGCCUACUCUCACCUUCCAAUCAGUCUACCACUUUACCAACAGUGGACAGUUGUACUCUCAGGCCCAGAAAAAUUACCCAUAUAGCCCCCGAUGGGAUGGCAAUGAGAUGGCCAAGAGAGCAAAGGCUUAUUUCAAAACUUUUGUCCCUCAGUUCCAGGAGGCUGCCUUUGCCAAUGGAAAGCUCUAGGAAGCACCAAUCUUAAGCGGACGCCAGCCAGACUUCUCUGUCCACAUGCAUGUCAGCACAUAAGACAACUUCCUGGAAGCCACUUGGAACAUCUUCAUGGGAGCAUUUUGCUUUAUCAGCAGCUUAGAUCACCACAGACAACAAUGACUGUGGAGAAACCAAGAUUGAGUUCUAACCUGAAGGUUUCGGCUCCAUUUGUUUGCUCCCAGUUUCUUUAUGUCUAUUUUUUGUCGUCCUAAGAAGUUAAACCACAAUAUUAAAAUGCAGUAUUUUUCCAGGACAAGUAAUAUGUCAAGUUCAGAUAUUCUCCUUCAGAAGCAUUUAUCCCUAAGAUUCUCAAUAAAAUUUAAAUUUUCUCUCA